AUAAUGAUGCCAAUAAUUGCACACUAGGAACAACAAGUGACAUUUCAGAGUCAUCAGCAAUUGUACUCUUAAAAUAGUUUACCUGGAAGAAACUACUAAAUAACAUUUAGGACUACUCUGCUUCUACGGUUUAUUUUUUCACCUGCAAAAAGAGUGACGGAAAGAUGAAGAUUUCAGAAAGGCCUAGUGACACGGUCCGUCUCUCUGUAUUGGAACAUCUCCGUGAGGUUCACGGGAUAAAGCUGAAGAGCUGUGGAAGGAAGAAAGAGAGAAGGUUUACAGGUGGUACCAAAGUGUUCGGCGUUCCACUGGAGAGUUUGCCGUUGUGUUACAUGCCUCCGUGUGGGCUGCUACCCUGCUUCCUAGUGGAUGCCUGUGAGCAUCUACUGGAACAUGCUGGGACUGAUGGCCUUUUCAGAAAAUCUGGCUCUGUUGUUCGUCUGAGGACCCUUAGGGCCAAACUAGACCAUGGGGAGGCCUGUCUAUCCACAGCCCUCCCCUGUGACGUGGCCAGCCUUUUGAAGCUGUUCUGUCGUGAGCUUCCAGACCCCCUGUUCCCCUCAGACCUCCACUCAGCCCUGCUGAAGGCCCAGCUAUUACCCACUUUGGAGGAGAGGGCCUUGGCCACCCAGCUGCUGUCCUGCCUACUGCCUGACAGGAACUUUGCCUUCCUCAGUUACUUCUUCCACUUCCUCUCAAAGGUCUCCCACAGGUGUGCAGAGAACCGGAUGACCAAUAGUAACCUGGCUGUGAUCUUUGCCCCGAGCCUGCUUCCCCCCAGCCAUGGAACAGAGGGGAUGGACACACAUAUGAAACUCAAGGCUGUGGUCUAUACCUUCAUAGAGAAUGUCCAUUCAUUUGGUGUGGUUCCUCAGGUGAUCAUGGAGGGCAUCCCAGGUCAUGCUGAGAUGUCUCCCUGCAGGAAGAGACGGCCACUCAGAAAGAGCCUGGGUUUGGAGGCCUUCCCAGACAUUCAGCUUUUCAGGAGCAAAACAUUUUGCUCAGAGAAACCAGGCUCAAGUCCUUCAGCUCGGUUGGCUAGAUCUCCCUCCACCCCAGUGAGGACAGAGAGCUGUAGAGUACAGAGCAAAGCACUCAAAAGAAUGGAUUCGGGAAACGUUGGGUGUUUUUCAGCCAAAAGGCUGAAGGGAGGUGACGGUAUCCGCAGGGAUCCUGGUCUGUCUGGUCUGGGAAAGCUGAACCUAAGCCCCUGGAAGAGCAGGAGACGCACCACUCUAUAUCCACCUGUCCAACAUGCUAAUAAACUGGAGCAAGGACCGACUGCAUCCUCGUUCAGCUUUACAGGCUCCUGCUCCACGCAUCCAGGAUACACGCCGACACCAGAGAUGGCUUCGGCAGUCAGGUUGAGUAGAUCAGUGCUGCUGAUUGUUCUGGUGUGUAUAGCGGGGCUGGCAUCGGCCCGGAGCCCCCGCACGGCGGACCAGGUAUCUGAGGCCGACAUUCAGCGUCUCCUACACGGAGUCAUGGAGCAGCUGGGCAUCGCUCGGCCCAGGGUCGAGUACCCUGCUCACCAGGCCACCAACAUCGUGGGGCCACAGAGCAUCCAAGGUGGAGCUCAUGAGGGACUGCAGCACCUGGGGCCCUAUGGAAACAUCCCCAACAUCGUAGCUGAGCUGACAGGGGACAACAUCCCUAAAGACUUCAGUGAGGACCAUGGAUACCCCGACCCUCCUAACCCAUGUCCAGUGGGAAAGACAGCUGCAGAUGGGUGUCUGGAAAACGCCCCGGACACAGCAGAGUUCAGCAGAGAGUUCCAGAAACAUCAGCACCUGUUCGACCCCGAGCAUGACUACCCUGCUCUGGCUAAGUGGAACAAGGAGCUGUUGUACCAGAAACUGAAGGGAGGAGCCAAAAGAAGAAAAAGGAGUGUCAAUAACCCCUACCUGAUGGGUCAGAGGCUGAACAAUGUGGUGGCCAAGAAGUCUGUUCCCCACUACCCAGAAGAGGACGAAGACUAUCGCACCACCACUGCAACAAAAACCACCACCUAAACACACUGUAGUUCUAACAUUACUGGCCACCAUGUUCACUUCACAUUAUCUCAAGUAGAUUUAAGCAAUAAGGCCCGAGGGGGUGUGAUAUAUGGCCAAUAUACCACGGCUAAGGGCUGUUCUUUCGCACGACACAACGUGGAGUGCCUAGCUACAGCCCUUAGCUGUGGUAUAUUGGCCAUAUACCACAAACCCCCCGACGUGCCUUAUUGCUAUUAUAAACUGGUUACCAACGUAAUUGGAGCAGUAAAAAUACCCGUGUUAUACGGUCUGAUAUACCACGGCGUCAGCCAAUCAGCAUUCAGGGCUCGAACCACCUAGUUUAUAAUAAAACGUCACAUCAGACAUGUUCUCUAAAUGUGUUCCUUUUUCACCAUGACACAUCUUUGUUGACCUACGUAGCCUCCUAACAAUGUUAGGUAUGGUAACACAGAGGUUUAUUGAUAUGCACCACCUGUGUAAAAAAAACAAGAUAUUACCAUCUGUUAUCUUUUUUUCAAUCUAUCAAAAUGACUGUUGCUCAGGGUGGAAAAUGUAACAAGCUUAUGAGUUAUUUUGUGCCUGUGGUCCACUGUGGCAAUUCAGUAAUAUUAGAACAGCCUAUGAAGCUGAAUGUUGUCUCAAUUAUAUAUUUGAUCAAACCAAAAAUAUGCUGUUUGUGAUACAAAAUAUUUAAUCAAGUUGUUGUGAUUUAGCUUUUUUAAAUUUAUUUUGGCUGAAGCCAUUAUCUAACUCUCUUGCUGUUUUUUGGAACAUUUGCUGUUAAUUCUUAAUAAUAUAAAAUAAAUGAUUUACUCUGCAAGUUU